GGUCAGGUAAACUUUUCAAAAGGAUGUAAAGAUUGUCAAUAGAAAAUCUCAAAUUACAAUACCAGUGAAUGAAAAAAUAAAUACCUCAAUUAUAAUCUAACAAACUACAAGUAAUUUCAAUAAUUUACUAAAAUGGUGGCUAUCAUUUGAAGAUGUUUACCUAUUGAUAGUUGAGUGCAAUAAAAUCAGUUGCUUUCAUAUAAAUUGACUGAACAACUGGAAUAGUUACUUGUUGUUUGACAGUGUGAUCGAAAAUGACUUCAACUGUAGAGUACCAGGAAAGUUUAGGAGGAAACUCCUUGACGUCUAUGCUGGCUACUAUUUCCCCGGCCAAUACCCACCUGGAGGAAACCCUAGCAACGUUACGGUACGCCUGCCAAGCCCGCUCCAUAGUCAAUCGGGCCAGAAUCAACGAAAACCCUCAUGAUCGUCUGAUUCGAGAUUUGAGAAGCGAAGUCGAACGCUUGAGAGCCCUAAAACAGGUCCACGAGAUCAGUGGCGUGUCUUCCUCCUCCUCUGUGUUGACAGACGACAGCCACAACGAAGAAUUGGAGGAACUCAGGAGCAAGCUCUCGAGCACCGAAGAAAGACUAAACGAAGCUCAGAAAUUUUGGGAUAAGAAAUUCCUGGAAGCGAAGCGAGCCCAGCUCAAGGAACUCGCCGAUGCGGAGAAAUACAAGGCUGAGCUGGAGUCGAAAGUUCGUGUGAUGAACACGGUGGAUACAAACGUCGAGCUGGAGCCUUACAGGACGAACUUCUUAGAAGAGCUGGAGGGAGUUUUGAUGGAAAGUUCUGAUAGAUUAUGUGACAUGGACCAGUUGGACGUAAUCAAGAACUGGUGUUGCGAUAACGGACUCAUCUGCACGUUCAGUUCUCAUUCGAUGAUAAUUAAGGACCCUGUGGAGCAGAAACAGGCGAUUGUUUUGUUCGACCAGGCCGGCAUGGCCGGUUUCGAGAAUGUAAGUGACUUUGUAAAUAGUUUGACGUGGACCAAAGUGAAGAAAACUGUUAAAAUUUUGAGCAAGAAGGAAGUGAUGUUAUCCAUGAAUCAAGUUUAUGAAGCGUUGGCUACUCUGCAGCCUCACGAUAGCGAUAACGAGCUGAAUCUCUUGUUUGCCAAGGUUAACAAGUCCUUGCAGAAAUUUGAGGCCGCGCUUUUGAGUAGCGUUAAGGAUAGUAGUCAUAAAACUGUUACUUUUGAUAUGUGAUAGUUUUGAUAGUUUGUUGCUUAGGCUUUGCAUAAGAUUAUGCAGUUUGUUUUGGUUCCUAGCGAAUUGUGACGUACUUAGACUUCUAAGAAAAAUGUGCGGUUGAUGAAAAUAGUUACCAGGGCCUUGAGAACUUUUUUAAAAAAUGUUUGUUUCGGGUGUCUACUGUGACAUAAUUCUUUCCAAAUUCUUAUAGCCUGCUUUCUGAUUACUUGUGCUUAUCAGGUGUGGAAAAAUUAUUUUAAAAUAUAUAAGUAUGGGCACCUUUUUUAAUUAACCAAUCAGCAGUAUCAACAUUUUCCAUUCUCUCCUCAUUUAAACAAUUUCUGUAAUCAAUUAUCUCAUUCUCAUUUUAGAAUAGUUUUUCUAUGUUUAUCAAAAUUUGUUUUAUGUAAAAAAGUUUCAGUGAUAAUUGCUGAAUUUUCCAUAUUAUGCAGUUCAUGAUGUUCUAAUGAAAAUUCACCAUGAUCGAAUCUGAAUAACCUGGUUUUAAUUUUACAUUUAUC